UUAAACCUGUAAAAUAGUUGUUUUCGUAGCCAUUUUGUUUGUUAAGUAAGAAAGAAAACGAUAGUGGAACCAAUACUCACUCUUUUAUAAGGUAAAUGCAUGUUUGCAUGUUUGCAAAAUGUAAGAACUUCACCUUUUCUGGCUUGAACAGAUGUCAAUUUUUGUUUCGAACCAUCAGUUUUGCUCAGUUGUGUUUUCUCAGUGUACUGUUGAGUGACGAGAUGUUUUUGAUUGUCAUGAAUUAAAACAACCUUUUACAAAAUACCUAAGUGAGCUGUGAUCCAACAACGUUUUCACAGUGUCAAUAUUAUUCAAAAAAAUGGGAGGCGCAAUUACCGAGAAGUUCGCAGUCUUGAUAGUUGUUGGAAUUAUGUUUCAAGAUGCUAUUUCUUCUGGGACCAUCAUGAUAGACAUGCCACCAGUCGUCUCAGUUUUUGAAGGUGAAGACGUAGCAUUAGAAUGCAAGGCUCGGUAUGCCAAUGGUACAUUGAUUCCAUUCUGUGAUGGGCUACAUGGCUUUAUACUGAAAUGGACAUUAGUUUAUAGGGUGGAAAACAUGCCAGGUGAUGAAAUUGCACGAUGUGGUAGAGUGGCAUCGUUCAAGAACAAGACUGUGGAGUUUAAUCAAGACAAUGGUAAUCUAAUAAUAUUGAAUAUAGGCCUUGCAGAUGAAGCCGUGGUUCGGUGUGAAGUGGUGGGAGAAAUCGGCCAUUAUUCAAAAGAGACACAAGUAAGAGUGAGAAAGGUCAACUUUGCUGUUCAGACUGAUGGAAAACUUACUCCGGGAGCAGGGGAGAACGCCACUUUACCGUGCUCUGUGAUCGACAGCGGCACAACUGAAAAGAGGAACUUCACCUUUGAGUGGUCACUCAACGGCACCAUACUGCAGUCUUGCGAUCCAUCAGGCGAGGUAUUUUAUUCCGUCGACCAGACGGGAAAGUACGGGCUUCAUCACGGCAAGACAAGCUGUAAUCUUACGAUUCUAAACUUGAGCUUGAAGGACGAAGGAAGAUACCAAUGUGACGUUCAUGACUCCUCCUACAACCAGUCCAGCUACAAUUAUACAACAAUUGGCUUCGGGGAUCAGCCGGCAUCGAUCACAACAUUGCCAGCAACAACAGACUUGAACAAAGGUCAAUCCACGGCCAUAAGCAGUUUGACACUGAAAACGGGACAAGGGUCUGGAGCUACUCCGUUGGAUACCAUUUCUCGGAAAGACAUUGUUUUGAUCACAGCGGUGUCAUCCGGACUUGUACUGGUCGCAAUAAGCCUGCUGGUUGUCGCAUCCAGGCUUCGUAAAGAUCGUCAUUCUGCUGUCCAGAUCAACCAAACCAAUGAUGCGAACAGAGCUACUGUGACCUUCAGACAAGCUCCCUCACCAGGAAGCAUUCAAAUUGGACCCAAUCUGUUAAGCAGAUUUGAACAACAAGAUGCUAUUUCUUCUGGGACCAUCAUGAUAGACAUGCCACCAGUCGUCUCAGUUUUUGAAGGUGAAGACGUAGCAUUAGAAUGCAAGGCUCGGUAUGCCAAUGGUACAUUGAUUCCAUUCUGUGAUGGGCUACAUGGCUUUAUACUGAAAUGGACAUUAGUUUAUAGGGUGGAAAACAUGCCAGGUGAUGAAAUUGCACGAUGUGGUAGAGUGGCAUCGUUCAAGAACAAGACUGUGGAGUUUAAUCAAGACAAUGGUAAUCUAAUAAUAUUGAAUAUAGGCCUUGCAGAUGAAGCCGUGGUUCGGUGUGAAGUGGUGGGAGAAAUCGGCCAUUAUUCAAAAGAGACACAAGUAAGAGUGAGAAAGGGUGGCGUCUCUUUUGGGACCAUCAUGAUAGACAUGCCACCAGUCGUCUCAGUUUUUGAAGGUGAAGACGUAGAGUUAGAAUGCAAGGCUCGGUUUGCAAAUGGUCCAUUGAUCCCACCGUGUGAUGAGCGAGAUUACGUCACAUUUAAAUGGAUAUUUCUUAAAGACAACAUGGAAGGUGUUUACAUUGCUGGAUGUAAUGUUGUUACGUCGUUCAGGAACAAGACUGUGGAGUUUAAUCAAGACAAUGGCAAUCUGAAAAUAUUGGAAGUUGGCCUUGCAGAUGAUGCCGUGGUUCUGUGUACAGUAUUAGCAGUAUUCGGCAGUUACUCAAACAUGACAUAUCUUAAAGUUAAAAAAGCCAACUUUGCUGUUCAGACUGAUGGAAAACUUACGCCAGGAGAAGGAGAGAGUGCUACCUUGCCGUGCUCUGUGAUCGACAGCGGCACAACUGACAAGAGGAACUUCACCUUUGAGUGGUCACUCAACAACACCAUACUGCAGUCGUGCAAUCCAUCAAACGAGGUCUUUCAUUCCGACCAGAGGGAGAAGUACGCGCUUCAUCACGGCAAGACAAGCUGUAAUCUUACGAUUCUAAACUUGAACUUGAAGGACGAAGGAAGAUACCAAUGUGACGUCCAUGACUCCUUCUACAACCAGUCCAACUACAAUUCUACAACAAUUGGCUUCAGGAAUCAACCGGCAUCCAUCACAACAUUGCCAGCAACAACAGACUUGAAUGAAGGCCAAUCAACGAGUAUAAGCAGUUUGACGCUAAAAACGGGACCAGGGUCAGGAGCUACUUCGUUGGAUACCAUUGCUCGGAAAGACAUUAUUUUGAUCACAGCGGUGUUGUCAUCCGGACUUUUCCUGGUCGCAAUUAGCCUGAUGGUUGUCGCAUCCAGGCUUCGUAAAGAUCGUCAUUCUGCUGUCCAGAUCAACCAAACCAAUGAUGCGAACAGAGCUACUGUGGCCUUCAGACGAGCCCCUUUACCAGGAAGCAUUCGAUUUGGACCCAAUCUGUCAAGCAGAUUUGAAGUCCAAGAUGCAGAAACGGCUUAUGAAGAAGUCAGGGAGAUUGGCGAACAUUCAAUAUCGACAGCCGAUAAUCGCAACGUCAUAGCCCAUACAUAUGCCGAGGCGAGGCUGUCUUUGGCUGAAGGGGAAGAUGAAGCCCCAAGCCCGCCCCCACCGCCUCGUGGGAUUUUUAACCAACCACCUCAUUGGAUGUGGUAAUGAGCACUACGUCAGAGGCCCUUUUCGAAACCACGGCUUCGGCUUUGGAUUCGGCUCGUGCUAGCUUGGCCCUGCUUUGAUAAUUGUGCGUGCUUGAGUAUGCGCUCCUCUGAAGCCCUGAAGGGCUUCGGACGAGCCUAAGCAGUGGUUUCGAAAAGGGCCAUUAUAGUUGCUUACAGUGCGACAACAGGGACGUCUUUUUGCAUAACUCAUUUCUAAGUACUAGAAGACUAUCAUUUUUAAACCAGUGGUGGGUUUCACAAAGAAUUAAGACUAGUCUUAUCUCGAGUAAGGACGAGUUACUCGUCCUAACUUAAUAGGACUCGCCUUAAAGUUUUUAAUAUAUCCUUUAGUCCUAAGUUAGGACUACCCUUAACUCGAGUCGUAAAAUUCCUCCAAUAUUCUCCCAACAAAACUCUUCCCCGGAAACAACCACCCGGGUCUCCCUCUAUAAAAUUCCUCCCUGAAACAGUAUUUUGUAGAGUCAACAUUGGUACAUAUCGCCCAAGUCAAGUCAUAUUGUGCUCAUGGAUGUGUGUAUUCGUAUGGACUGCUUUAUUCGCAGUUCACAUGAUGUCCACAUAAAUAAAAUGAAAUAGAAACUAUUCAUAUUCAGUAAUAAUAUUCCUUAUCCUUGUCAAUAAUUAAUGCAUUAUCCAAAAUCAACAAAGAAAGUUGUACCGAAGUGAAUUCAUUCUCCUUUGCGUAAUGUGAACUUGCACUUUUGUUUGAUCCAGUUUAGAUCCAGUUGGUUUUAUAUACACGCAAACAAUUUGCUUAAAGGCACUGGACACUAUUGGUGAUUACUUAAAAUAGUUGUCAGCAUAAAUACUUACUUGG